AGACGAUCCUUGAUUACUCGCUCAUCGAAAUCGUAGCAGACGGUUUCUUUUUGUGUUGCGUCAUGCCGCGUUCAUUCUUGAUCAAGAAACAAAGCGGUCUGAAGAACUCCGUCCGAUGGAGAGGCGAAGACGACCAAGAUUUAAUGAGAGCUAAUCAGAAUGCUUUAAGUAUUUUAUCUAGACUCAAAGCGAAAGAUGAAGAAGCAAACCGAAAACCAUUUCAAGCAAAUGGCACAGAAAGCACUAUUAUUUCAGAAAAGAACUUGCAGAACUUUUUACGACUGUCUUGUUCCUUCGUUCCGCUACCAGAAAGAAAUGCUGCACACCCAUCCUUACUAUCCAGGGCAUGGUACCACCCCACAGUGCGCCAGUUGCAAAAGAAAGAUUAUACCCUAUUUGAAACUUCUGAAUCAAUCAAAAGACCGCGAUUCCAAGACGAACUCAUACAUCCAGCUUGGAGAUUACCAUUUCAGAAAUGCUACCCAUUUCAAAACUUAAAAAGAACUGAAUAUAAUAUCCACUAUGGUUCCUUCAAGGAUCACGAUGAUGUUGAGCAUCAAAACCCACCGAAGCAUGUUAAAUAUUCUAGUCAUUGUGAAAACGAUCUAAACUUGAGAAAUCUGGAGAAUGGUUCAGGAGUGCAGUUGCGUACUGAAGCUUCUUUGCACGAAGCAUAUUACAAAAAAAUCAUCAAGUCAAGAAAGACAUCUACAAAUGAAAACUAUGCACUCAAUGCUGGGCCAUUGCUACCCAUCACUCAGAUUGAAAAGCUACGACAAACUAGCAGUUCAAAGAAUUCUCUAACAGAAUGCAACAAAGAUACAGUUCAACCAGACGUUCAAGUUUUGGGAAAAACUGUUGAAAGAUCCAGCGAAAAACUAGGACCAAAAGGUCUGAAGUCUUUCAUUUGCAAAGAAUGUGGAAAGUCUUUCAAGAGAUCAUCAACUUUAUCAACACAUUUGCUGAUUCACUUGAAUAUCAGGCCAUAUCCUUGUGUGUACUGUGGAAAGAGAUUUCACCAGAAAUCCGAUAUGAAAAAACAUACAUACAUACAUACAGGUGAAAAGCCACAUAAAUGUGACAUUUGCGGAAAAGCUUUCAGCCAAUCUUCAAAUUUGAUUACACAUUCACGCAAACAUUCCGGAUUCAAGCCUUUCUCCUGUAUUGUCUGCAGUAGAACAUUCCAAAGAAAAAUCGACUUGCACCGCCAUCUGGAUUCAAAGCACUAUACUACAUUGGGAGAUUUGAUAUUAUCAGAUAAAAAUAAAAUAUGA